CGCACACGUACUACUGCUCCGCUGUAUCCUGAACUGCACCUUUUGCGGACUUCAAUUGCAGUCAAUUCGGAGCUCAAUUGAAACGCGCAAGGGAAUAAAUAUUUAUUCUGCCGUUCAACGACGAAGGUCAUCGUCGUGUCGCAGCCUGGGAGCUGCAUCUGGCACGAUGAGCAUCUUUCGGCCGUCCGAGUGCGUGUUCUGUCUAUUUUCGCGGUCUUCGCGCCCUGCCGCUGUUGUUCGCCGUCAAUUUCACUCGUCUCCUGUUCACCAAAAGCGAAAACCUCGAUAUCCCAGCGUCAAAUCCUCCAACAACCAGAUAAACCUCGCACAGGCUGCGAAGCAAUUCUCGGCGUCUCAAGAUGGCGCGAUUCCGCAACACUACUCUGCCGAGCAACGGGCCGCCAUCGAGGCUGCCCAAAAGUUGAUCGACACGGAGAAACUGGAGAAGCAAACCGGGAUGCGGAAAGAUCCAUGGAAAAUGAAAUACUUUGACGACCUGACCAAGAUCGAUCCGGUGGUCGAUAAACCCGUACGAGCGCCCUGGACAAACAUCGACGAUCAAUCCCGAUUAAAAACAGAGGAAGAAUUGGAGGACGAUUUGAUCAAAUUCAUGAAAAAGAUCCCCGAGCCCAAGCACGAAAAUGACUACGAUCCAGAACUGUGGGAUAAGUUCGACCGAGAUCUCAGGCUGACCGUUGGUCGCGAAGAGGCGGAGCGAAACCCGCGGACCGCCAUGGCUCCCGACUUGCCCAACAUCUCAAACAACCCUCGACCUAAGAAACAAACCAGGGGCGACGAGGUGGUGGAAAUAGAGCCUCCCUCGCCGGCGCUGGUCAGAUUAAUGCAGAUGACCGGGUACAGCCGGGAGCAAAUCGCCCGGUUACGAGUCAAACGGGUCAUCUCGCACUCUGUGACCAACCAGACCAGACUGGGCAAAAUCCGCAAACAGUACGUUCUCUACGUGGCUGGGAAUCAGAACGGAUUGAUUGGAAUUGGGGAGGGCAAAGCAGUCGAUCCCGAGGAUGCUUCAUUGCAAGCUCAAUAUCGUGCCAUCCGCAACAUGACGCCAAUUCUGCGAUAUGAAAACCGCACCAUCUUUGGCGACGUCAACGGCAAAGUGAGCGCUACAGAAUUGGAGCUUUACUCCAGACCACCUGGUUUCGGACUCCGCUGCCAGCAGUACAUCUAUGAAAUCUGCAAGUGUGCCGGUAUUCAUGAUCUUGCUGCCAGAGUCACGCGUGCGCGCAACCCCAUGAACACGGUCAAAGCGACCAUCCAAGCCUUGUUGAGUCAGAAAGACCCGGAGGAUAUCGCGAGAGCUCGCGGUAAGAAAUUGGUCGACGUUCGAAAAGUGUAUUAUGCUGGAGAGACAUAGUGGUUGUACAGUAGAGUCCACGCCCUUAUAUUAUAGAGGCGACCCAGGGAAGAGCCUGUUAGUGAUGCUCAAUCGAGUUUGUCGCCCUGUCCCGUUGAUAGGUUCGUCCUUCGAUCCAUUGUUGGCGGCGGGUUGUGGCCUAGUAACGGAGUCGUCCCGGGCAGACAUUUUUCGUGGUCGCGUUUGCACUUCAUCAAGUCAUGCUUUCGAUUCUCCGAAACAACAAGGUCUCGCCGAGAGUCCGUUGGACGCAUCAGAUGUUACUGUCGUCGCCACCAAAGUCGUCCCCUUCCACUUGGCCCUGCUGCAGGACAAUGCUGUAGACACUCGCCUUCAUCAACGUAUAGACGCUGGCGACCUUUCUUUCCAACAGCCGCAGACCCUCUGCUAUCUCAAGCGUGAUUGGUCCACUCGACAGCGAUGCGAGAGUGGAUGAGAGCUGGAUGAGAGGACUGAUUAGUCUACUGGGGGAGGGAGGAGAAAGCCAUAGGCAACAUAGGUAGACGGGGAAAUAUAGAAAAAAGUGUUGUGAGGACCACCAUCGUGUUAUGUAUUAGCCAAGAAAGGGCACCCAUUCGUGGUUUUUUAUAAGGCAUAUCCUCCGAAAACAGGCUCCGGAGUGUAGAGAGUAGAGUUGUUGUAGAGGAGAGUAGAGAGAGAGCGCUGAAUUAAUC